AGAAACUAUUUUGAAAUUUGAAUUUUGGAUUAUUUUCUUAGGAAACCUUGCAAGGAAUCAUCCUGUGCCCAGAUUUCCACCAAAUUUGAUAUACCCUCCAAAUUUAAUGAGAAUAGUUGGCUCAUCAGUUCCUAAUAUUAAUGGACAAAGAAUUCCUCAUCCAAAUGACAAUGUCAGGAUUCACAGACCACCUCAUCAAAUGCGUCAAUUUAAUAACCAAAACAAAAAUAAUUAUCAGCAGCAGCGAGGACGCGAUAAUUAUCGGGAGCGUUUAGACACGCGGCAUCCUGUUGAUGAAUAUGCUGGGAUUAUGACACAGAAGGAAAAAGAAUGGGUUAUUAAAAUUCAGCUUUUGCAGUUACACACCGAUAAUCCUUAUGUUGAUGAUUAUUAUUAUGUACGCUACACUUUAAGGAAAUCAGCUGAAGAGAGGAAGAAAAAGAACAAAGAAAAUAAGGAUGAACCAAAACUUAUUAUUCCAGCACUUGCUAAAAUUGAAACAAAAGCUUAUACUCCAGCACAUUUUGAAGGAUCUUUAGGAAGAGUUUCCACAUCAAGUGUCCACAAUCCUCGACAGGUUAUCGACUUAGUUUCAAUGGCACACAAUGAUGAGCAAGGUGGAAAAUCAUCAGGAAGAGAUGUUUACAGAUAUCGACAAAUGUUAAUGGAAAUUGAAAAAGCAUAUGUUAUUUUGUUGGACAUUGAUGACCUGGAGAAACGUGUUUUGGCCUUACCAGAAGAAUCAAGAAAAAAAUUAUAUGAAGACCGUACUGAGAAGAUAAAUCAGCUCUUUUUAAAUCUGGGAACUCAAGAUAAUAAUGCAGAUGCUUUUCUCUAUAUGAUGUCCAUCAGGAAAGGAAGGAAACUUGUGGCUCGGUGUCUUCCUAUAUUUAAUUCGGAACAUUCAAAAGCUGUUCUAGUUACAAUAAUGAAAAAUUUGACGCAUUUUAUUAAAAGAGAUCAACCAGAGGAGGGUCUAAUGGUUUUAAGUGAGACUGUGACUCAACAAAUUGGUGUUUGUAAUUUUAAAGCAGUUGUAGAACUAAGUCAGUUGUUGUUAAAAGAUACUCCAAGUCUUUCCAAUAAGUCAUUGGUUCUUGCCCUACAAAACAAGUUUGCUUGUUCUGUGAUUAGUAGCCUUCUUAACAGAGCAGAAAUGCUUUUCCUUCCAUCUUCAAAUGUUGAAGUUGAUAACCAACUCCGAAGUGCAUGGGUAAAGGAAAAAACAACAAGACAAAUAUGUAUAUAGAAGAUUAAAAUGUUGGCCUAUAUUAAGGUAUGAAGACAAAAAGCUUACUGUUAAACAAUAUUUGAACUAUUCUUAAACUGUAGUAAAAGAAAUUAGGACUAUUUUCAUUUGCAUUUGAUAUUUUACAUACAAUCUUUCAACUGCUUAAUCUCAAGUCUUUAACUUGCUUCCGCUAGACUCUAGACCAUAGUUUCAUGUAUCAGUAAAAAUUUAGGAAUAUAUAAAUUAUUCCUCUUUACACUUAACUGGUAAACCAUAUUGGUCUUUAGCCUAGCAGAUUAAGAUAUUAAUGUUCCCCUCCCCAGUUCAAUUCUUGGUGAUGGCAACACUAGAUAUAUUCUUGAAAAAGAAAAAAAAAAAAGACUAGAGAUUGAGGAGUUUGAAAGUCUGUACAUAUAUAUAUUUAAAAAUAAAAAUUGAAUGCUCAAGUAAAUAUUCCUCUUAUUUUAUUAACUUUAAGUGAAAGAAAUUAAAACAAUUAUAUUUUUUAAAAUGUCAUUCAGGCUACAGUGGAGCAGCAAAUGUCUCUGACCUUCUCAGGCCUUUGUAGACAGGGAGAUAACAAUAAGGUUAAUAUACUGUAUGUUCACUGUGCAUUCUGACAGAUAAUUGGACAAGAAAACAUGUAGAGGGAAUGAGUUCAAGAAAAUUGGGCAAAAUAUUUUAUUUGGUGGAAAGAGCAGUGUUAAUUCCAUUUUUUUUUUAACCAUCUAAAACGCCAUUUUAAUUAUACUUAUUUAUUGAUCUACUCAUAAAAAAGUAUAAAAAAUAGUUUAUGGCAGAUAUUUGAUUGAUGUCAAAUUUUUCCUUGAGUUACAAAAAAUGAAUCAAUAUCAAUUUCUAAACUGAUUUAUGGGUAUGAUAUCAAUUUCUAAACUGAAAGUGUAGAAAUUAGUUUUUUCUAAUUUUCUAAGAGCUUAAGAUUUCUGUCAACAUCUUACAGUUUACUUAAUAUUUCUAUAGGGCAAGAAACAUUUUAUCCUAGACAUUGAGGCAUACAAUCUUACAGCAGAAAAUAAAAUUUUGAAAUGGUUUCUGAAUUGUAAUAAGCCAUCCAUUUUUCUCUCUAUAAAUAUUCUUCACCUCCCUAUUCCUGCACUCGUAUUUAAUGUUUGGAGAUACUAAUAAAAACAAUACUCUCAAACAACUUGUAUGAUGAGGGGCAUGAAAUUGUGUGUGCAUACAAUAUACAUGAAUAUAUGUAAACAAGCCUGUUUAAAUGCUAACAUUUUUUUUUUUUUUUUUUUUUUUUGCAUGAUUAAGUUGAUGCAGUAAAAUGUGUGAUCUUGCUUUUUUAGCAUAUAUAUAAGAUAUGCUAAAAUACACACUGUAAUGUUUACUUAAUUUUUCUUUUUGUCUUAAAAUAUCACUUUACAUCCUUGUGGAUGUCAACUUCUGAUAUUCCUAUUCUGAACAGUGUUUUUUUUCUCCAGUUACAUUUUCUAAAAUUCAUACUUGUAAAUUAAAAAUACAUAUACUUACAUAUGGUAUGGUCCUUUAUUGAAAGUACAUUAUAACUAUUCAGCUUAGUGUUUAAUUAAGUAAUCAUCAAACCUAAAACCUUCUGAAUUCAACUUUUUAUACAUGAUUUCUGACAUUUAAGAAGUCUAAAGGAAAAAAAUAUAUGCUGUUAAAAGUAAAAUCCUCUAUGAAAUAAGAAAUAGUACUUUUCAUCAUCUAAAUAAUAUUAACAAUACUAUAAGACAACUAGUGUGCAUAUUUGAAUAAUAUAAACAUGAUGCAAAAAUUACAACUUACUAAGAAUUAUCUAAUUCUAUCGAUUAUCUAAUCGAUUCCAAUGUUUUAUUAAAUGAGAGUUGUAUAUCUCAUUAAGGACCACAAAGACAAUUUUGCUUCUAACCCCAAAUAUAGUUAACUUCUUUAAAUCGGGGAACAAAAUCUUAAUAGUACUAUUAGGAAAGCCGUCAACCUUAAAAAUUGGAACAAUACCAACUGUUAUUAGUUGGUUUAGUAUUAGUAAAAAUUACUCUAGAUUUAUCCAAUUUGA